UCUUCAAACGCUGAUUGUAUGACAUAUGACGACGAUUAUUAAUAGCCUACUGUAAAACCCACGAAGACUUGAGGUUCGUCCACACAUUAAAAUCACCCAUCACCAAUGACACGUUUCAUCAAACUAAUAAUAAUGCUAGUGAAUGCAAGUGACAGCCCGGUCUUGUGACCAGAUGCGCCUCAGUCAGGGCACGCGCACGGCUCUCCUCCUCCAGCGCUGCUGCUGUCAAUCUGAAUCACGUCCACACGCGCACAUCGGCUUCUCUGUGCUCUACCGUCUGCUCUCAUCUCCAUGGCCACAUCAGAUGGAUCCGAAGAUUGCGUUGUGCGGAGAGGAAGAUCUCAAAGUGACCCGAGCAUCCUCAGCGACACUCGAGUGGUUUAUACGAACAGCACAGAUGUGAUGGAUCAGCACAGAGCGCUUCACUCCGGUUGUCUGGUGUCGGGGGUCCGAACUCCCCCCAUCCGACGCAACAGCAAACUGGCCAGCCUGGGACGCAUCUUCAAGCCCUGGAAGUGGAGGAAAAAGAAAAAUGAAAAACUGAGACAGGGUUCUACAGGGCUGGAGAGGAAAGGGCCCAGCAGGCAGAAUCGUGACGAUCUUGUCAGGAAGGGCCUGGCAGAGGCUGGCAUGGAGUCGGGUCAGGCGUGUGGUGUGAGUCCAGACGAGACAGGAGCCCCGGCGCGGGACGAGUCUGACGGAGAGGAGCGCGAGGACGAGCCCAUGGCUCCGCUGGCCAGCAACACUGAGGAUCUCGGGUCUGAUGGGGACAAUCUGUCCGCAGCACGAGACGCCACAGAGAUGAUAGACACAGAAGGGGAACUUGAACAAAGUGAGGAUGAGGAGAAGUCCUGUGUUGAUGCCUCGAGCCGAGGGGCCAGUGUGGGGCCCCCUGAGGCCCCAGAGCACCAUGAGCCGAAAAAAGAGGAGGCGCCACCACUCAGAGAAGUCCACACUCCUCCAGCCAAACUUCCUGUGAAGCUGCUGACUCGACUGGGUACCCACUCUAAUCAGAGCCGGCCCGCUCCUGCCACGCUGCCCAGGAACUUCACCCUGCCCAAAGACGCCCUGCGGGGCAGGAUCUGCACCCCCACCGGCUCCCCUCACUUAGGUCUGAUGCCCCCUAGCUGCAUCAUUGAGGAAUUGCACCGUGCGCUGGCCACCAAACACCGGCAGGACAGUUUCCAUGGAAAGGAGAUGCGUAGCUCACCCAGACGGCGCUCAGAUGGACGGCUGUCCCGCACCUCCAGCACUGAGAAUGAGCCGAGCGCAGAGGUGCAGAACCAAAAAGAGGCCGAAGAGAACAAGGAGAACAUGCGUCUGGACGAAUACUACAGCGACCCGGACAGCUGGAACGAGUCCGUCAUCUCUGGUACACUUCCACGACGAAUAAGGAAAGAGCUUCUAGCAGUAAAGCUGCAUAACAGACCCAGCAAACAGGAGCUGGAGGACAGGAACAUCUUCCCUGUGCGCAGUGAUCGGGAACGCCAGGAGAUUCGCCAGCAGAUUGAAAUGAAGCUUGCCAAGUGA